AGACAGGCUUUGUGGGGUGUCAACGUGUCUUCAGGAGCGGAUGGGACAGAGCUGCCGCACACGUCCACCACAAGAGAAGAGUCCGAAAGAAGAAAGUCGCGUCGUGUGGUGUGCGCGGCUCCAGACUUGUGCGGGUGAAACGGAGGCGAUUGGCGCGCGCUGGAAGCAGCCGCACGUGAUUCGCAGCCUCAGUCAUCUUGGCAGCACGAUGCGAGAGGGAGCCGGACUGGGAGCCGAGCAGCAGCACCCUGUGACAGAGAUGUCGACGGCGAGGAAUCCCUGAAGGAAAUAUGGACAAAUCUCCUUGUGGGGUUUCUUUUUUCUUUUUUUUUUUGCGUGCGUGCGAGUGCGGGCUGGGUUUUUUUUUUCCUUCUCUCUCUCUCUCUCUCUCUCUCUCUCUCUCCUCUCGGUCGGUUUCUGCACAUCGCCACAGUGUAGUGGACCAGGAUGCCGUGUGGGCGAUGCUGCUGCCACAAGGGAUACAUUGUGAUUUCGCAGGGAUGUUUGCAUAAAUUAAAAUAAGGGAGAAAAAAAAAACAAACAACCCGUCGAUUUGGGGGGAGUCCAAGGGGAUCGAAAGAGACAUCACCACCUGUUACGAGGAGAAGCAGGUCUUAUCUUAACACCCCAUCGGCAGUUGGGUUUUGUAUCAGUAUGAUACCUUAGCCACAUCCUCCCAUUACUGCAGCACGGACACCGAUUAGGGACCGCCAGGAGUGAAACCUCACCACGAGGUCGCCUCAUUCUGCUCUUCAGCUCCGCCGAGAGCGAUCCCGCAACAUCUACAGCCGGCCAGGAGAGGUGACAGCUCUGCUCUGCCUCUCUCCCGUCACCGACGUCUGGCAGACAUGAUUUGGGGAGGCCCUCUGCUGCGGCUCAGAUCAGGGAUCAUCUCACUGCUCGAUGGCUAGAUCUCACCAUACAAAGCGCUGGGGGCCUUUCUGCUGAGUAUCUCUCACUGCAUAGUAGCACAUGGAUUUCAAGACUUCAAAUGAAGAGACAAAGACUGGGAUUUAUUUGAUGCAAGAAGGUAAUGAGGAGCCGUUUAAUAUUCGACUACACUUGGCCAAAGAUAUUCUGACCAUUCAAGAACAAGACGUCAUCUGUGUGUCGGGAGAGCCUUUCUAUUCCAGCGAAAGGACUGUAACGAUCAGGAGGCAGACGAUCGGAGGGUUUGGUUUGAGCAUCAAGGGUGGAGCAGAGCAUAAAAUCCCUGUCGUCAUAUCAAAAAUAUCGAAAGAACAAAAAGCUGAACUCUCUGGCCUGCUUUUUAUUGGAGACGGUAUUCUUCAGAUAAAUGGAAUAAACGUUAGAAGCUAUCGCCACGAGGAAGUGGUCCAAGUUUUGAGAAAUGCUGGUGAAGAAGUGAAUCUCACCGUCUCGUUCUUAAAGAAGACGCCAGCCUUUUUGAAACUGCCCCUGUGUGAGGACUGCACGUGCAUUCCAAGCGACCAGAGUAGUGGGACGUCCUCUCCUCUGUGUGAUAGCGGCCUGCAUUUGAACUACCAUCCUAACAACACGGACACGCUGUCCUGUUCGUCCUGGCCCACGUCCCCGGGGCUUCGCUGGGAGAAGAGAUGGGUGGAUCUGCGCCUUAUUCCACUGCUACACUCACGCCUGUCACAGUACAUCCCGGGCUCCGAUGUCUGCAGGAAACAUGCUUUCCAGGUAAUUGCUGUGGACGGAGUUUGCAGCGGAGUUAUACAGUUUCCCGCAGCUGAGGACUGUUUGGACUGGCUUCAGGCAAUAGUGAGGAACAUUUCCUGUCUCACCAAGCACAAUGUGAAGAAGAUUAACAGAAAUUUUCCAGUUAACCAGCAGAUAAUCUACAUGGGCUGGGUCGACGAGAAGGAGCAGGACUCCGUUCAGGACCGAAUGUACUCACCAAAGUUCCUCGCCUUGAGGGGUUCCUCACUCUUCAAGUUUUCAGCGCCUCCUGUGACAACAUGGGACUGGACCAGAGCGGAGAAAAGCUUUACUGUCUAUGAGAUAAUGUGCAAGAUUUUAAAGGAUAACGACCUUCUGGACAAGAGGAAGCACUGCUUCAGCGUCCAGACGGAGAGCGGGGAGGACAUGUUCUUCAGCGUGGAGCUGGAGUGCGAGCUGCUGAUCUGGGAAAAGGCUUUUCAGAUGGCCACCUUCCUGGAGGUGGAGAGGAUACAGAGUAAAACCUAUGCUUGUAUCAUGGAGAGCCACCUUAUGGGCCUUACUAUUGACUUCAGCAUGGGCUUCGUGUGCUUCGAUGCAGCUUCAAAGGCGGUACUGUGGAGAUACAAAUUCUCCCAACUGAAAGGAUCGUCUGAUGAUGGAAAAAGCAAGAUCAAGUUUUUAUUCCAAAAUCAAGACUCCAAAUCUAUUGAAGCAAAGGAGCUGGAGUUCUCAAACCUCUUCGCCGUGCUUCAUUGUAUUCAUGCUUUUUUUGCUGCCAAGGUUGCUUGCCUGGACCCGAUGUUCGUGGAGAGCCAAGGCACCACAACUUUGCCUGGAGUUCCUUCCCUCCCCGGUAUCUCAUGUAAUUCACAGACACCGAAACUCAAAUAUGCCACUUGACAGACGCUGCUCUCUCCAAACCCCUUUGAAAAAGACACUGCACUUACUGUAGGUGUGACCGUGGCCUAAACAGGUGGACAGGAGGACUGGGGGGGGGGGGAGACAAAGACAUUUUGGAGGACAGCUGUAGUAGUGGAACAAAUGGAUUGAUUCGCGUGACAUCUCCGAAGAAGCAUCAGAUGUCUGGGAUUUCUGGGACUCGUGGACCUAAACAUGAACCUCUACUUUGAAAAACUUCACUAAGAACUCAAAAUGUGAAGUGAAUUUUUGUCCUUCUCUUGAUCCUCAGACGUCCUUAUAAUCAACACAACACAAAGGAAAGUGUAGUGCAUACCCCAAGGUUUUCUACUGUAUGUAAUUUGGGGUUCAAGCAAAACAGUUGUUUGCCUUUUUUCUCCACAUCAGACAGUACAGUUGAAGUUCUGCAAGGAUAUUACCUGAGGUCCAACUAAAAAGAUAAGAUAAUUAUGCGUAUUAUAAUAUAAUUAUAAUAUGCAAAAAACAUUUCAAUUUUGCUUAAACUUAAUUACCCAUCAGUUUGCGUACAUCAUUAAUGGAAGAAAUGAAUCGUUUUACAUCGCAGUGUGUAUGAACAUAUUCAGACACCUCAUUUCAUUUUCUCUGUAUAUGAUGGACGCCAGUGUUUGAGGUCGGAGUACAAACUAUUUGGUGGCUUACUGCACAGAAAGGCUGAAUGAAAGUGUAGUUUUUAUUGCAUAAAUGAGAAAUGACAAUAACAUAUGACGAUAAUCAGGUUCACCAUCCACACAGCCACAAUCUGACAAAAAAACACCCUAAACACGAUUAGAAACACUUUGCAUAAUCAUUUUAUCAUUGUUUCAUUUUUUUAAUUGAUUAUGUAAAUAAACACAAAUGAACUCAAAGAAUUAUGUGAGCAUUAAAGUGAGCAAUUACUUGUAGGGAUUACUGCAUUUGUUAAUUUGAUGGGCACCAGAGACGACUAGGUGGAUAUCGCAGAGCAUCGCACUCUCGUCAUCAUUUUCUCUAUGGACCAAUUUAGAAGAAGCAGAAAAAUCAGCAACGGUGUAUUUUUGGAAUGUUUUGUCUUUUUUGACUUCAGCUUGUAAAUAUAAAGGGAAAAAAAACUUCUGAGGAAAGACACACCUCGAGAAGCAUUGAAAAAAAUGUAGCGAAAAUUUUAGAUGCCCCUUUUAAAUUCCACUCUUUACUACACUGUUUAUAAAUGCAACAGAGUCACUGCUAAACUACCCUAUUCAAAAAGAGUUCAGGUGCAAUUAGUCAUGCUCCUACCUCCCAUUUACUAAGUAGAAUUCAAACAGAGGAGGCCCAUGGGUCAGUAAACUCUAGAGGAUAGCAAAUUAAAUGGGGUCAGCGAAGAGCUCCGUACCGUGCAGGCUUGUUGAGCUGACAUGAGUGUGUGUGUGUGUGUGUGUGUGUGUGUGUGAGGGAAACUAAUGGUGGUGCAGUCUAUGCAAAGAAAGUCUGAGUGAUGCUUUUGUGCUUUAAGAUUAUCUCGGUCGCAUAUACCCUUAUAACACAGGAUCUAGAGUGAGGUUUAUUUUAUUUUUCGCAGAUGUUUUAUUAACACAUACGCUGUGUAAUAAAUGAGGCCUUUUAUAACACUG